AUGAAUGUAAAAGAGGGGGGAACAAUGUCGGCUUCGGGUCCCAUAAGCAACUAUUAUGUAGAUUCUUUGAUUAGCCACGAGAGCGACGACUUGCUGGCGUCCCGGUUCCCAGCUACUGGCUCUCAUCCUGCUGCAGCCCGACCGUCAGGAUUGGUACCGGAGUGUGCAGAUUUUCCGUCCUGCAGCUUUGCCCCCAAACCGGCCGUUUUUACCACUUCGUGGGCUCCCGUGCACUCCCAGUCGUCCGUGGUUUACCACCCGUACACCCACCAGCCACACAUUGGAACUGACACUCGGUAUAUGCGCACUUGGCUGGAGCCUAUCUCCGGCGCGGUCUCGUUCCCAGGUUUUCCAGCCAGCAGCCGGCACUACGGGCUUAAACCCGACGCCUUCCACGGCCGCAGGGACUGCGGACCCGUGGAUGGACGUAGUUACCCGGAUUAUAUGUACGGAUCCCCGGGAGAUCUCAGGGACAGAACCCCGCAGACUAUACCCUCUCCGGAAUCCGAGGCCGUCGCUUCCAACAAACACAAAGAAGAAAAGACCGAAUUGGACCCUAAUAAUCCUGUUGCAAAUUGGAUUCAUGCGCGUUCUACAAGAAAGAAAAGAUGUCCUUAUACAAAGUAUCAAACGCUGGAACUAGAAAAAGAGUUUUUAUUCAAUAUGUACCUAACUCGGGACCGCCGUUACGAAGUGGCCAGGGUUCUUAAUCUCACUGAGCGCCAAGUCAAAAUCUGGUUUCAGAACAGGAGGAUGAAAAUGAAGAAAAUGAAUAAAGAGAAAACCGAUAAUAAUAAUAAUAACAAAGAGCAGCAGUGA